CCAUGUCAUAAUCCAUGUGGCAAUUCAAUGCCGAGUCAGCUUGGCCAAUGCCGUUUCACCUAUAAAUGCCAAAGCCCAUCCAUUUUCCACUCAAGCGUUCUCCACUCUCCAAGUCUUCACCCAAAAAUCACCUAACCCGACACGCAGGAAAAUCCUUUUUUUCACCUUUCCCCUUCCUUAAUUUCCUUUUGUUUAUCCAUGCCGGCGAUUGUUAUCUCGCCGGAGAAAUGAAUAUUCCGGCGCUUACUUUUUCUGCAUCUACACGCAAUGUCUGUGCUUCCGAUCAUCCCCGCCACGUUUUCCACGAAAAAAUCCUAAGCUGAAAGCCAUAAUCUUCCCUUGCAUAUCUUCCAAGUUAUUUGAUUUUUCUAAUCACGGAGGAAAGGUACCAGAUUUUGCUUACACAUAAAUUUUGUGUAUGGGAUUACGAUUAAAAUUUUCAGAGGCUUUUUGAUUGGCUGGCGAUCCUGUUGAGGAUUCCAAUUUCAAGGUUUUUCGUAUUUUUAUUUUCUUCUUUCGGUAAGGCGCUGCUGUUGUAGCUAAUGGGAGGAGGGGAGCGGGACAUCUGCAUGAGUUUGAUUGUUAACCUGUAGCAUUGAUUUUUUUUUUUUUUUGUCUGGUUCAUGGGUUUUGUAAAUUGUACCGGAAGAAUCAGGACCAGAAGGAGUCAUUGAUUGGUCACUGUGUUUGUGAGUCUGUGCAACCCAAGUAAUUAGAGAGGGCUCUGAAUAUGGAGCAGAACUGACACGAAGAGCUUCAACCUGAGCAGUCAAUCCAUUUUAACUUCUAACCUUCAGCCUUAGCCUCGGGUCUUCUCUGUUUCUAUCAUCUUCAUAUCUGUUAUGCCUUUUCCUAUGAAGAUCCAACCCAUAGAUAUAGACUGUCAGACGACGGUUCCCUCGCGGGCCGAGCCGGUGAAGCCGGUGUUGAAAUCGCGUCUAAAGAGACUGUUUGACCGGCAGUUCCCCAGCGUGUUGAGAAUUUCCUCGGUGGAAAAACCAAGCGUUGGUGAAGCACAGUAUGGGACCAAGGACGGAGGAGGUGCAGGGACCGAGUUUGAGCCGAGCUCAGUAUGUUUGGCUAAAAUGGUGCAGAAUUACAUCGAGGAGAGCAACGAGAAGCCGUUUCGGGGCCGUCACCGAUGUAAUUGCUUUAAUGGGAACACUAACGACAGCUCCGAUGAUGAAUUUGAUGUAUUUGGCGGUGGUGGUUUUGGAGAAUCGAUUAGCAAUGGAUCGUCUGGCGAUGCCUCUGAUAUUCUUAAGAACCAGAGUUUGAUUCCCUGUGCCAGUGUUCACGAAAGAAACCUCUUAGCUGAUGCUGCGAUGAUCGUCGAGAAGAACAAAAAUCACAAGCAAAAGGACGAUUUGAGAAAUAUCGUAGCCGAUGGAUUAUCUUCUCUUGGCUACGAUUCCUCCAUUUGCAAAUCGAAAUGGGAUAAAUGCCCCUCUCACCCUGCUGGUGAAUAUGAGUAUGUAGAUGUGAAUAUAGGAGGAGAAAGACUUUUGAUCGAUAUUGACUUCAGAUCGGAGUUCGAAAUAGCUCGAUCGACCGGUGCCUACAAAGCAAUCCUGCAAUCACUACCGUCCAUCUUCGUCGGGAAAUCUGAUCGGCUGGGUCAGAUUGUAUCAAUCGUGUCGGAGGCGGCUAAGCAGAGUUUGAAGAAGAAAGGCAUGCACUUUCCUCCUUGGAGAACAGCAGAGUACAUGCGUGCUAAAUGGUUCUCUCCUUUCACCAGGCUAAAAGACGCCACUUCAAACACCAAACCCGAAAGCCAGAAAGACGAGUGUUUGGUUGCGACGGAGAGUAGUGACGCUUGCGGAGAACUCGAGCUGAUCUUUGGUGAGAAAACGGCAGCGCUAGACACUGAUCCAUCAUCGCCGCCGACGAAAAUUUCCGGCGACGAUGAGAAAGAAAGAGUGGAUUCGGCGACGUGGCAGCCGCCGGCCGUCAAACCGAAGAGUAUAGAUAGAGGAGCUAAGAUGGUGACUGGAUUAGCUUCUCUGCUCAAAGAGAAACCAUAAAAAAUUUUGGAUUUUUUUUUUUUAAUUUCGAGGCAUAAAAAAAUUGAAAAAAUAUAUAUAAGUGAAAUAUAUCAUCGGAUAGCGAUACGAGGACGACCUCGUUAGCCUUUCUUUUUAUCCAAAGCUUGCUUGGGUGUUGUAAAUUGUAGUAGCCUGAGGUAGCAGUAGUAGUAGUAGAGAAUCUAUCACCAAUGUAAUAAAAAUUUUUAUAUUACUAUAUAAUAGAGAAAAAAAAAAAGAUAAGUAAAUUUUCUGAAA